AUGUUUCUCGUGACAGCACGUGAGGAGGCUUCCAAUGAGAGCUCGUUGACUUUGCGCUCGCGUAUGACUGCAUUCGCCAACCUAGGCGGCAAUGCUAAGCGGGGGAGUUUAUGGCCUCACGUAAAACAAACCAUGUCUUCUGUCGACGGUCUAGCCUCGGAGAAGUCAACGUUCUUGGGUUCAAACAUGGCUGUACGCGCUGCAGAUCAGGCUUACUUUGGUGGACAACAAGUGUACACUAACGUCUCUCCUUCCACUUCAAAACCGGCACACCAAGGACCACAUCAUGGUCAUAGCGGCCAUGCUCAUGGACAAGGUCAUGGUAACCGUCAUGGGCAUGGGAAGGAAAUCGUUCCGAAGGCCGACAUGCACUUGGUACCGAAAGGUGAUUUGCAUGUUGCCAUUCAGUACGCGAAAGACAUAAUAGCCAAAGCGCUGGCUGAAUCAGGCUCUGGAUUUGUGGUUGAUGAAUCUCUCCAACGCGAGGUGAAAGCGCUUAGGAAGGAGAAUGAGGAGAUCAAGAAAGAGCUUGCAGAGCUACGUGAAGCCAUCGAAAAAUUCGCUCGCACGCAAGCUAUUCCAGCAAAGGAUGGCCAUCAUUCCACUCCAGAAAACAACCACAAAGAAUCAGCUGGUGGGGAAGACUUUGAUCUCUUUGGUUCGGAUGAGGAAGAGGACGCGGAAAAGGCUAAAAUAGUCGAGGAGCGCCUAAAAGCUUAUGCCGAAAAGAAAUCCAAGAAACCUGGCCCAAUUGCCAAGUCAUCAGUGAUUCUUGACGUCAAGCCAUGGGACGACGAAACGGACCUCAAAGAGAUGGAAGAUCUGGUUCGUGGAAUCGAGAUGGAUGGCCUCGUGUGGGGAGGAGCGAAGCUGAUCCCGAUUGGAUACGGCAUCAAAAAGCUUCAAAUUAUUUGUGUGAUUGAGGACGAUAAGGUUUCCGUUGACGACAUGAUUGAAAAGAUCACGAGCGAUUUUGAGAGCCACGUCCAGUCUGUUGACAUCGUUGCAUUUAACAAGAUCUAA